UUCUUGGGAGCUCUUGAGGGAACCAAUGAAAGAAUGACAGCACUUUCUUUAAACACAGAGACUCUAGGCUUGGCAGUGUUUGGGACAGCUGAUGGAAAGAUUCAGUACUGGGAUAUUGCAAAAAGGAAUAGAAUAUUUGAGGUCGCGGUCCAUGACAGUGAAGUCCGAGGAAUCUGUCAUUUUAACAAAUCUCGACUGAUGUAUACUUGCAGCUUAGAUGGUCAACUGAAACAAUGGCGUAUGAAUCAUGAUGAUAUUGCCACAGCAUGGAAAGAACCACUGAGUAGUGUUUUAAUGAAAUGGCCACCACAUUGUAUGGAUCAUCAUCCUUCAUCGAAUGAAUUUUUAAUCGGUGGUGCAGAAUCCUGUCUGUUAUAUUCAUCUAUUAAACUUGAUGUACCAUUACGUGAAUGGAGUUGGGGACAAGAACCAGUGCAUGCAGCAAAAUUCAAUCCAGUUGAACAUAAUAUUGCUUGUGCAUUAACUAAGGAUAAUUCAUUAAUGAUGAUUGACUGCAGACAAGAUCAACCUAUCCGAAAGGUUAAAAUGGAACUUAAAUUGAACUCAUUUUCCUGGAACCCGAUGGAGCCGUUCAUUUUCACUGCUGCUUCAGAGGACUACAAUGUUUAUACAUUUGAUAACCGUUACUUCAAAUUCCCGCGCAGAGUAUACCGGGGGCAUGUUAAUGCUGUACUUGGUGUGGAUUAUUCACCCACAGGAAGAGAAUUUGUAACUGGAAGUUAUGACUCAUCGAUCCGACUGUGGCAGUGUGAUUCUACAGAAUCUUUCGAUGUUUAUCAUACGAGGCGUAUGAAACGAGUACUUGAUGUGAGAUUCACAUUGGAUGCUAAGUUUGUUCUCUCGUCGUCAACGGACCAGAAUGUACGUCUGUGGAAGGCUCACGCCAAUGAAAUAAUUGGACCGAUACAGCCAAGACAAAAAGCAUCCUUGCAGACUUACGAAUCUCUGCGUGAAAAAUUCAAAGAUCACCCAGAAGUACGAAAAAUCCUGAAACAUCGUCACCUGCCUAAAUCAAUACACGCAGCAAACAAAGAACAUACCAUAAUCAGAGCAAAAGAAAGAAGAAAGGAACGAAAUACCCGUAUUUACAAUAAAAAUGACAUGCCAUUUGUUUCUGAAAGAGAAAAGCGUGUUGUUGCACAAUAUAAGUGA